AUGCAAGCUUUACAAGCUAGCUUUCAGUCAUCACAAAAAACAUUCUCUCAGCUACAGAAAAGGUUGCAUAUGAUGCGGCAGUCUGGUCAAAAUCUAUCUCGCCAGCUGGAUGCCCAGGCAACUAAACUACAGGUUACUGCAGCUGCUGUGCCUGGGUUUUCAACAACAGCUGCUACAACUCCUGCUUUAUCACCUCUUGGUGGGCAGGUUGCACUUCCUCCUUGUAAUUGGACAGAACACUCCUCCCCUGAAGGGUACAAGUACUACUAUAACAGUGCAACAACAUGGGACUGCGGGAACUUGGUUAUGCUGAAUCACAGCCAAUUCAGGUGUUGCCCUGCUCGUUUUCACCAGGGCCUUCAGGCACAUGAGUGGGAAUGGAAGAGCAAGAGCAUAACUUAG